AUGUUAUCAUCAGUGACAAAGUCUUUCACUUCUGGGUAUUUCCCCGAUGAAACAAAGCAUGGAAAAUAUUGGAAACAAAAGCAUCUGAAGAAAAUCAAGGUACUCGUCCUACUGGUACUGUCAUCAGCAGUGCUAGCAUUCACACAUCGGAUGUUGACUGUCAGUAUCAACCGAUUCGCCAACGACAAGCCUGAGCAGCUUUCUCACGAGAAGAUGGAGAAAUUGAAGCGCACAAAAGAGAGCCUCCAAGAAAAGAUUAAAGCGGCAUUGCAGGAAGGGCUGGUGAUAAAAGUCGACGAGGAAGCUUGGAAGAGAGGAGUCAUCAAGUUUCUCCGCUCCUCCAGUGAAAUGAAUUAUGUGAUGGAAAAACACGAACAAAGACUAGCGAUAUUGGACACUGCAAUCCGAAUGAAUGAAGACUCUGGAACACAAUGGAUGAACUCUGAGUUUUUACCCUCCUUAACCAAAGGCAGACCACUAUUGGAGUCAAUGACAAAAAUUCUGAAAAGGAAACCAAAUGGUGCCAUUGUCAGUCCUCGAAAAUUCUUCAAGGCCAAGCGGCAUGAAGAAAAGUUUGCCUGGGAGGACUCUGCAGUUUCAGACAAAAGCAGUGGCCCAAAGAUGGAUUUUACAAAGCAUUCGUACAAGUAUCCUGCAAAAAUGAGUGUACAAUCAGAACAGCUAGGUAAUUAUCCAAAACUUAGACCUCUGAGAACCCUAAUAGAAGACUGGCCCCAAGAUGAUAUUGAUCACCCGCCAACCCCUUUCGAAGAAGUGCUUGUCCAUUUUGACUACACCGAUCCCAAUGAUGUCGUCGCAGCAAGAGAAUUCCGAGAAGCAAGGCUCCCAUUUAAGUUAAUCAAUGUCCCUGAAGUUGUUGCUGCAGGAAAGAAAUGGACCGAUGGGUACCUCAGCGAGAACUUCAAUGGAUCUGUCGUUGGUGCAAAGCCAUUGUCUGGAAAGUGCCAAGAGUCAAUUAACAACUUCUUUCCCUAUUUCAACGGCGAUGCAUGGGAUGUUGAGUCCUUCGGACUGGCACCAAGCAGAUAUAAUGACUGGACAUUUGACAAGUGGGCCGAGCAUGCGAGGUACGCUGAUGAAACGGGUUUGAACCCAAACAAACCUCACUUCUACUGGCAAACAGGUGUCCGCAAAGAAGAACGCAUGGCACCAGAGCCAGAAUGGUCCUUCAUCAGCAAAGAUCUGCCUUCUUUCUCAUCGCCUACCGAAACAUUCUUCGUCUUCAAACCCGAAGCUCAAAAGGGGAUUCAAUGUCGAUUCGGAGAGCGUGGAGUUACAGCGGCCACUCAUUUCGACGCCGGACGCAACAUGGUUGCGAUGAUCAGUGGUGCCAAGCGGUACAUUUUGAGCCCGCCAACGGAGUGUUCCAAGCUUGGUAUUGUUACAACGCGAGAGCAUCCGAUGUACCGACAAUCCAUGCUCAACUUCGGUCACAUGAACUUGAUGCACGACCUGGACAUGCCCGAGGAUGAAAGGAGUUGGUUGGAAGAAUCUGGGAAUGCCAUGUCCCUCGAAACUGUUCUGAAAGCUGGUGAGGUUUUGUAUAUCCCUUCUCAUUGGUUCCAUUACAUCAGCAGUCUACAAAAGAGUGCUCAGUGCAAUGUUCGCAGCGGCGUAGAUUUCGAAGGCGACUCGGUCUUUGGGGGCCAAGCCGAUGUUUCUGAACGCUGUGAUCCAGUGAUUUAG